ACGUCAUCGUCUUCAUCAACGGCCCUGUAACUUUUCAGUUGAUAACUGAGAAACGGAUAAGAUUCCAUUAAAUGGAACUCUGUAACCACUUCAUCUCUAUAAAAAAUUCUCCACGUGUAUUCUCCUCAUCAAAACCCUUCACCACUCUAAAACCAAUAUUCUCUCUCCCCAACUCGUCCGACUCACACUCGCCUCAACUCGCUCUCUCCAAUUCUCUCCAAUCAGAAACCCUAAAAGCCCUAGAAUGGAGCGCUCUCUGCGAACGGCUCUCUGUAUUUACGUCGACUUCAAUGGGCCAAUCAACCGCCAGAAACGCAAACAUUCCCAUCGGAAAAAGCGUCCGGGAGAGCCGGGAGUUACUGAACCAGACCAGUGCUGGUUUAGCCGUGAUGGAAUCUGGACGGUUGGAUCUUUCGGGAAUUGAGGAUAUAACGGAGAUUGUGAAUUCUGCGGUUUCGGGGUUUUUGCUUACUGUUAACCAGCUGUGUGCUGUGAGGAGAACGUUAAGAGCUGCAAGGGCAGUUCUGGAAAGAUUAAAAGACGGUGGAGAUUGUUCAACGAGGUAUUAUCCUCUUCUUGAAAUACUGGAGAGCUGCAAUUUACAAGUAGAGUUGGAACAGAAAAUAGGAUUUUGCAUAGACUGCAAUCUUUCGAUAAUUCUAGAUAGAGCUAGUGAAGAUUUGGGGAUUAUUAGGUCCGAAAAGAAGAAAAACAUGGAGACUUUAGAAAACUUGUUGAAGGGGAUAUCAACUCGAAUUUUUCAGGCCGGAGGUAUUGACAGGCCUUUUGUAACUAAACGUCGUUCUAGGUUGUGUGUUGCAGUCAGGGCUACUUAUAGAUUUUUGAUUCCGGAUGGUGUAAUUCUAGAUGUUAGUGGUUCUGGUUUAACAUAUUUUAUGGAGCCUGGUGAGGCAAUGGAGUUGAAUAACCUUGAAGUCAUGCUGUCCAACUCUGAGAGAGCUGAGGAAAUUGCAAUUUUGAGUCUGCUUACUUCUGAAAUAGCAGAAUCAGAGAGAGACAUAAAGCAUUUAUUGGAUGCAUUUUUAGAAGUUGAUCUUGCUUUGGCUAGAGCUGCUUAUGCUCAACAGGUAAAUGGAGUUUGUCCAACAUUUACAUCAGAGGGUUAUGAAGAUAAACCUUUCAGUAAGGCAGAUUAUAAUACCUUAUCAAUAGAUAUUGAAGGUAUACGACAUCCAUUACUCGUUGGGUCAUCUCAACAAAAUUUGUCUGAUGUACUUGGGUCCAACUCUGGAAACCGAGCUGAAUUAGACGAUGAAGGUGAGGUAUUGGGUACUCAAAGCUUGUCACAAAGUUUAUCUGAAUUUCCAGUGCCGAUAAACAUUAAAGUGGAAUGUGGAACCAGAGUAGUUGUAAUAUCGGGGCCUAAUACUGGAGGGAAAACUGCGUCUAUGAAAACACUGGGCAUAGCAUCUCUUAUGUCAAAAGCUGGCUUAUUUUUGCCUGCAAGGAACACCCCAAAGAUUCCAUGGUUUGAUGUUGUUUUAGCAGAGAUUGGAGAUCAUCAGUCUCUGGAACAAAGUCUAUCCACUUUUAGUGGGCACAUAUCGCGCAUUUGUAAGAUCUUGGAAGUGACUUCAAAAGAGUCUCUUGUCCUCAUUGACGAAAUUUGCAGUGGAACUGAUCCUUCUGAAGGCGUGGCACUUUCAACCAGUAUCUUACAGUAUAUUAGAGAUCGUGUUAACUUAGCUGUAGUUACAACACAUUAUGCUGAUUUAAGUCACCUGAAAGAUAGCGAUAGUCGAUUCGAAAAUGCUGCCAUGGAAUUUUCUCUUGAAACUCUACAACCUACAUAUCAGGUUCUUUGGGGAAGGACUGGUAAUUCUAAUGCAUUAAGCAUAGCUAGGUCAAUUGGAUUUGAUAGUAACAUAAUCGAACAUGCGCAAAAAUGGGUGGAGAAGUUAAUGCCUGAAAAGGAAAAGCAGCGGAAAGGGUUUCUGUAUCAAUCCCUAAUGGAUGAAAGAAACAGAUUGGAAGCUCAGGCCAGAGAAGCUGCAUUGGUAUAUGCAGAAAUCAUGGAGCUCUACUAUGAGAUUCAAGCCGAGGCAGAAGAUCUUGAUAGACGUGUCCCGGCACUCAUGGCAAAAGAAACUCAACAGGUACAACAGGAACUAAAAGCUACAAAGUUUCAGAUAGAAACUGUGGUACAUAACUUCGAGAAUGAACUUAGAAAAGCCAGUCCAGAACAAUUUUACCCUUUGAUCAGGAAGUCAGAGUCCACAAUCGCAUCCAUUCUGGAAGCUCGCUUUCCUCCUGACCGUCUAGCAGCCAGUGAAGCAGAUUUUAGUUCAUACACACCACAGUUAGGAGAGAAAGUUUACUUGACGAGGUUGGGGAAUAAGGUAGCUACUGUAGUUGAAGCACCAGGAAAUGAUGAGACAAUCUUAGUCCAAUAUGGUAAAAUUAGAGUUCGUGUGAAAAAAAGUGAUAUUAGAUCCCUUAAAGGUAACAAAAGGAGAGAUGCAACUAAUUCAGUCCCACGAUUAAAAAGACAGGUAAGACAGGGACAGCAGAUCCAGUCAGAGGCUAACAAAGGUGAGGUCUCUUAUGGUCCUAGGAUCCAGACAACAAAAAAUACCGUGGAUCUACGUGGUAUGCGGGUGGAGGAAGCUGCUCUGCAGCUCGAUAUGGCCAUAUCUGCAAGAGAGCCUGAUUCUGUAAUCUUUAUUGUACAUGGAAUGGGUACUGGAGCGGUUAAGCAACGUGCACUGGAGAUACUAGGAAAGCAUCCACGCGUGGUCAUGUUUGAAGCUGAAAGUCCAAUGAAUUUUGGCUGUACAGUUGCUUAUAUCAAGUAAUUUCAUGUUCUGCUCCAUUCUCUAGGCUGCUGUGAUCAUUUAUCCAAAAGAGACUAUGAGGGCCGAGAUAUCCAUAUUGACAAGCGGCGCUAGGUGGGCACGCCAGUGGUAUACAUUGUGAGCUCCUACCAAGCUUGUCUAGACCACCAGGACAAGCGAAGGGGUAAACACCAAAUCCUGGCACGUCGCACCAGUAUUGAAGGCCACCAGAUCCUCCACAAUCACCAUGUUCUGGACAAUUUAUCGGUCUGCAAGUAAGCGACUCGACUAUUUUAAUAUUUUUCUGGUCAUUAUUGUCACCAUCUCUACCAUCAUUUCCUAAAUUAGGCCCUUUGCCCAACCAAGUAUUGGUACUGGUACCUCCACCAGAAUCACUUCCAUCAUCAGCAGGGAUAAACAUUCCAUCACUCCUGCGGGAUUCACAAUUGCAGCCACUAGAUCCAAUAUUAGCACUUUCAAACCCACCACUGCUUCCUCCUCCUGUACCAAGACUAAAACCACCACCACCACCACCAAAACCUGGAUUGCCAUUAGCACCUCCUCCAAAACCACCACCACCCAAAUUAAAUCCAGGAUGUCCAUUUCCAAAACUACCACUUCCACCCCAAUUAAAUCCAGAACGGCCAUCAUUACCUCCUCCAAAACUACCACUACCACCCAAAUUAAAUCCAGAACGACCAUCAUUACCUCCUGCAAAACUACCACUACCACCCAAACUAAAUCCCGAACGGCCAUCAUUACCUCCUGCAAAACUACCACUUCCACCCAAAUUAAACCCCGAAUGGCCAUCAUUACCUCCUCCAAAACUACCACUUCCACCUAAACUGAAUCCAGGCUGACCAUCAACACCUUCUCCAAAAGAACCACUUCCACCUAAACUGAAUCCAGGCUGACCAUCAGAGCCUCCAGUGCUACCACCUCCACUGAAUCCAAAUUGUGGAACAAAAUUGCCGCUACUAUCAGAACCAAAACCAAGGGAACCACCUAUAUUGCCUAGAAAGGGAACUGACCAUGUUCCUCCAAGUUGGAAGCCAAAAUUAUCAGGUUCAUAAACUCCUUGAUCCUUCUCAGAUAGGAUUCUGUGACCAGAACUCAGUCCCAAAUUUAAUGUAAAUAAGAACACCACGUGAACCCAUUUUACUAUGUCCAUUUUCUGGAUAGUUUUCAUGCUCUUUAUGGCUCCAAACAUGCAGAGACUGAGUUAUAUAGUGUGAGGUGCAUGGUCCUUGUGAAACGGGUUUUUUGUUUUGCCUGUAAUGGAGCCUCAAAAGAGGAUUGUUUUAUGCAGUGGUAUCUACUUGGAAUCUGGAGUCAUGGUGCUUGCAUGAGGAUUACAUUACUAAUUAUCGUUGCAGUAGCCCAAUAUCUCAUUCUAUUUUGUAACUUGCUAUUUAUUAUUUAUAUGAUUCAAUAACAAAUUAGAAUUAUGCUAUAAUAUUAUUUUUAAAUCAUAGAAUCUUCUUUUCAAAUUAA